GUCAUGCAAAUCAUGGGUUCUCUCUUGCUUUUAAGCAUCAUCAUCAUCUUGUCUCUCCAAACCACCAUUAAUGGCUACAAAGGUGGUUGGCAGAAGGCUCAUGCCACCUUCUACGGUGGCGAAGAUGCUUCUGGCACCAUGGGAGGUGCAUGUGGCUACGGCAACCUGUACAGCGACGGGUACGGCAUAAACACGGCGGCAUUAAGCACCAGCCUCUUCAACCAUGGGCUGAGCUGCGGCGCUUGCUACCAAUUGCGGUGUGUCGAUGACCCAAAAUGGUGUCUUCAUGGCAUCAUUACCAUCACUGCCACCAACUUCUGCCCCCCAAACUACGCACUGGCCAAUGACAAUGGUGGGUGGUGCAAUCCCCCACUCCGCCACUUUGAUCUCUCGGAGCCGGCAUUCUUAAAAAUUGCACAGUAUCGUGCAGGGAUCGUUCCAGUCGCCUAUAGGAGGGUACCAUGUUUAAAGAAAGGAGGAAUGAGGUUCACCAUUAACGGUCACUCUUACUUCAACUUGGUUUUGAUAACUAAUGUCGGAGGUGCAGGGGACGUCCAUAGGGUCUCGAUCAAAGGGUCAAAAACGGGGUGGCAAACAUUGACGAGAAAUUGGGGUCAAAAUUGGCAAAGCAACUCUUAUCUCAAUGGUCAAAGCCUCUCUUUUAGGAUAACAGCCAGUGAUGGAAGAACUGUCACCAGCUAUAACGUGGCACCUGCUGGUUGGCAGUUUGGACAGACAUUUCAAGGUGGUCAGUUUGAUGAUUUAUAAAUAAACAUUCGACCAAAACCCCAUUAAAAUUUAAAUAAAAGGGGAAUUCAUGUUUGAUUUUAUAUUAUACUACGAACAAUGUUGGAAUACUCAAAAGAAAUCUUGU